AUGUCCCAGCCUCAGCAGCAGCAGCAGCCGCCGCCGCCGCCACCGCCGUCUCCUCAGCAGCAGCCGCAGCCGCCGCCUCCAGCCGCCGCCAAGAAGCGGGACCGGCGCAUCUUCUCGGGCACCUGCCCCGACCCCAAAUGCCAGGCGCGGCUCUUCUUCCCGGCCCACGGGCCGCAGAGCAGCGGCAGCAUCGAGUGCACGGACUGUGGGCAGCGCCACGAGCAGCGGCAGCUGCUGGCCGUGGAGGAGGUGACGGACCCCGACCUGGUGCUGCACAACCUGCUGCGAAACGCGCUGCUGGGCGUCAGCGGUGCCGGCCCGCCCCGCAGGAACACCGAGCUCGUCAAAGUCAUGGGCCUCUCCAACUACCACUGCAAGCUCCUGGCCCCCAUCCUGGCCCGCUACGGUAUGGAUAAGCAAACUGGCAAAGCCAAGCUCCUCACCGAGAUGAACCAGGGAGACAUCUUUGACUGCUCCCUCUUGGGUGACCGCGCCUUCCUCAUUGAGCCGGAGCACGUUGAAACCAUCGGUUACGGAAAGGACCGCUCUGGCAGCCUCAUCUACCUGCAUGACACCCUGGAAGAUAUCAAGAAGGCCAACAACAGUCAGGAGUGCCUCAUUCCUGUGCAUGUGGAUGGAGAUGGCCACUGUCUCGUCCACGCAGUCUCACGGGCGCUUGUUGGCAGGGAACUGUUCUGGCAUGCUCUGCGAGAGAAUCUAAAGAAACAUUUUGAGGAGAAUCUGAGUCACUACAAGGCGCUUUUCCAUGAUUUUAUUGAUGCAGCAGAGUGGGAGGACAUUAUCAAUGAAUGUGACCCUUUGUUUGUUCCUCCAGAAGGUGUGCCAAUGGGCCUUAGGAAUAUUCACAUCUUUGGUCUGGCCAACGUGCUUCACCGGCCUAUCAUCCUGUUAGACUCCUUGAGCGGAAUGCGAAGCUCUGGAGAUUAUUCAGCAACGUUCCUCCCUGGUCUGGUACCUCUAGAAAAGUGCAUGGGAAAAGACGGCAUGUUGAACAAGCCGAUCUGCAUUGCAUGGAGUAGCUCAGGACGUAACCAUUAUAUUCCUCUAGUUGGAAUAAAAGGUGCUGCUUUACCUAAGCUGCCUAGGAAGCUACUUCCUAAAGCCUGGGGAGUUCCUCAAGAUCUCAUCAAAAAGUACAUCAAGUUAGAGGAGGACGGUGGUUGUGUUAUUGGAGGAGACAGAAGUUUGCAAGAUAAGUACUUGAUGAGGCUCGUUGCUGCAAUGGAGGAGGUUUUCAUGAGUAAACACGGUAUCCAUCCCAGUCUUGUAGCUGAUGUACAUCAGUAUUUCUACAGAAGGACUGGUGUAAUCGGAGUCCAGCCUGAAGAAGUCACUGCAGCUGCCAAAAAAGCAGUGAUGGACAACCGUCUUCACAGGUGCCUCAUCUGCGGGGCCCUUUCAGAGCAUCAUGUUCCUCCAGAGUGGCUGGCUCCUGGGGGGAAACUCUAUAACCUGGCAAAAAGUACCCACGGCCAACUGAGGCCUGACAAAAAUUACAGUUUUCCCCUGAACAGUUUGGUGUGUUCUUACAACCCCACAAAGGAUGUGCUGGUACCAGACUAUAGCCUGAGUAGUUUGACUGCUUGUAACUGGUGUCAUGGCAACUUAGUGCGUCGUGUCAGAGAAGAUGGAUCUGUUUCAUAUUUGGAUGGAGACAGAACUAAUACUAGAUCUACAGGUGGCAAAUGUGGCUGUGGAUUCAAGCACUACUGGGAAGGUAAAGAAUACGAUAAUCUCCCUGAAGCUUUUCCUAUUACUCUAGAGUGGGGUGGAAGAGUGGUGAGAGAGACAGUCUACUGGUUCCAGUAUGAAAGUGACACAUCUCUGAACAGCAAUGUGUAUGAUGUCGCUAUGAAACUUGUUACCAAGCACUUCCCUGGUGAAUUUGGUAGUGAGAUUCUUGUUCAGAAAGUUGUCAACACAAUAUUGCAUCAAACUGCCAAAAAGAACCCUGAUGAUUAUACCCCUGUAAAUAUCGAUGGUGCUCAUGCCCAAAGAGCUGAUGAUGUACAGCAAGGACAAGAGUUAGAGUCACAACUUCCAACCAAAAUUAUUUUGACUGGCCAGAAGACAAAAACUUUGCACAAGGAGGAGUUGAAUAUGAGCAAAGCUGAAAGAACUAUUCAGCAGAACAUUGCAGACCAGGCUUCCGUAAUGCAAAAACGGAAAAGUGAAAAAUUGAAACAAGAGCAUAAAGGGCAACCUAGGACUGUUUCUCCUGGGGCUGUUCGUGAGGGGCCAUCAUCUGCACCUGCUACACCAACAAAAACCCCAUAUUCUCCAACAUCUACAAAAGAAAAGAAAAUUCGAAUAACCACAAAUAAUGGGAGGCAGUCAAUGCUUACCCUAAAGUGCACAACCACCUUUUUGGAACUACAGGAAAGCAUAGCGAGAGAAUUUAAUAUUCCUCCGUAUUUGCAGUGUAUUCGCUAUGGUUUUCCUCCUAAAGAGCUUCUGCCUCCCAAAGAAGGCAUGGAAAAUGAGCCUGUUCCUUUGCAGCAUGGUGACAGGAUUGCGAUAGAAAUCCUGAAAGGUAAGGAGGAAGGCAGGCAGUCUGCUUCAGCACACUCGGCCCAUGCCGUGAAGCAUGAAGACGUUGCUGUGACUAGUAAAAUCUCAUCAAAGGAACUGCAAGAGCAAGUCGAUAAGGAGAUGUAUUCUCUCUGUCUUCUAGCAACACUAAUGGGAGAAGAUGUCUGGUCUUACGCAAAGGGGCUUCCUCAAUUGUUUCAGCAGGGUGGAGUAUUCUACAGCAUAAUGAAGAAAACCACAGGUUUGGCUGAUGGCAAGCACUGUACUUUUCCACAUCUGCCUGGUAAAAACUUUGUGUACAAUGCAGCAGAAGACAGAUUAGAGCUGUGUGUGGAUGCUGCUGGGCACUUCCCUAUUGGUCCUGAUGUUGAAGAGUUGGUUAAAGAGGCCUUAAGUCAAGUGCGAGCAGAAGCUACUUCAAGAAGCAGGGAAGGAAGUCCUUCACACGGAAUGCUGAAGCUGGGUAGUGGUGGAGUAGUGAAGAAGAAAUCUGAACAACUACAUAACAUAACUGCUUUUCAGGGAAAGGGCCAUUCCCUAGGAACUGCAUCUAGUAGUCAACAACAUGAUCAAAGAGCCAGGGAGACACCACUUUUAAGAAAGCAUAGCACAGAAACGGACUUCAGUCCUUCUGCUAAAAUUGAGCCUUCUGUAUUCACAGCUGCUUCUGGUAACAGUGAGCUUAUCCGAAUUGCUCCGGGAGUUGUGACAAUGAGAGACAGCAGGCAGCUUGACCCCACUUUGAUUGAGGCACAGAGAAAAAAGUUGCAGGAAAUGGUCUCUUCUAUUCAGGCUUCAAUGGAUAGACAUUUGCGGGAUCAGAAUACAGAGCAGUCAGCAUCAGUUGAUCUAUCUCAAAGAAAAGUAGAGGCAGUGAGUUCAACUGCUAAAACUGGGAGCUUUCAGGCUGGCUUACCCGAAUCAUUUUCUGCACCAGGUGGUACUGAACACUUGAAUACCGAAUCAACUGAUGGUAACAUGGUGAAUUCUGUGGGAACAACAUUCCCUGCAAGGUCUAAAGCACAAAAGGGAAAUUCUGUUGAGGAGCUUGAGGAGAUGGAUAGUCAAGAUGCAGGAAUCACUAAUGCAACUGAGCCAAUGGAUCACUCAUGAUAGGUUAAAAUCUAAUAAGG